AUGGCUUCAACAAGGUCUCCCCUACCAGACUCUGACCGUGACUGGCAAAGACCGUCUCCAUCAGUUUCAAAUCAAAGACGCACACAAAGUCGUCCGAACCGCCCCAUAAGCCAAGCAAUACAUCAACAAAAAUCAUCCCAGCUACCUACUCAGAAUGUUUUGCAACCGAAAACCGUGCCUACAUCAAAUACCGCAACAUUAGUACUCAUACCAACAAAUAGCACAUUUAAUCAGAAAGUUAUUAAUCUCGCAGACAAGGCUAAAGUCCGUAUAGGGCGACAGACUAAUCCAAAAACUGUGCCAACUCAAUAUAAUGGCUACUUUGAUAGCAAAGUUCUAUCAAGAGUCCAUGCAGAAAUAUGGAAUGACGGUGGACGGCUGUUGAUUAAGGAUUUGAAAUCAAGCAACGGGACCUUUUUGAAUGACCAAAGACUUAGUCCAGAAGGCACUGAAAGUGAACCCACGGAAUUGCAACCCGGUGACAAACUUGAAUUUGGCAUCGAUAUCGUUGGCGACGACAACAGAACCGUGAUUCAUCAGAAAGUCUCGACAGAAGUCAAAAUUAUAUCAAGUUCCUCCAAGCGAGUGCCGACUACCGAUGUAUCACGCCCUCAAGUCAGGAGGAACAGGCCUGACAUUGGUGGUGUGCGUCAAAGAUUGCAAAAUGAACUUACCGCGGCUUUAAAUACAAACGAUAAGAUUAUGUUUGCAAAAUCUGAAGUUAAAGAGAUGAGUAAACAGCUGUGGGAGAAGAAAAACGAGACCUUGUUUGAGCUGGCAAGAUACACAAGACAAAAGGAAAUGGUUGCAGCAAACAGUGGCAGCAUCGAGUCGCAGAAGCAUGCUGAAAACGUGCGGGCAGAAGAGUCUAUUGCCAAGAAAGAAGCGAAAGAAGAGCAGGCACCUGAUGACGUGAAGCAAAAUUCUACGGUUGAUAUGGAUGUCACGAAAGAAACUGCAACGAAAGAAACUGCAACGGCAGAAAACGUGAAUUCACCAGUCGAGCAAAAAGGUUCAGACUUGCAAGAACCCGAUAGGUCGGACUCGGUCGAUACUGUUUUGGGGAACGCCCAUGCUGAAGAUACCGUUUUGAAUAAUUCGGUAAUAAUCAAGUACGUUCCGGAAGUAUCUCACAAGGACAAACCGAUUGAUAUGCGUUAUCACCUGGAACAACUUCGGGAAGUAUGCGAAAAACUUCGUGAAGAACUCAAGACGGAGCGAGAAGUCUCUGAAGCUCUUCGUCAUGAAUUAUCUGAUAGCAAAUCACUAAUGGCCUCACUGACCGAACGAUUUCGACUCGAGCGGGAGAGCAUGCUGCAGCAAAUUGAAUCUUUAAAGAAAAAUGAUGUCAGAUUCCUCCAAGACCAACAAGCCGUGCAUGCUAACGUAACAUCCCCAUCGGCCGAAAACUUGAAAGAAAUAAUAGAGCACAAAAUCAAAGAAGCCCUGCAACUCGAAAGGGAGAAGUUAGAGGAAGAAAUCAACGAACGAGAACGCCAGCAGUAUCAAAUAAAAUUGGAUAGCGAGAUAAAACAAGAGAAAAUGCGAUUGGCUGAGGAAUCGCGUUCAGCGAUAGAGACGCAGGUGGCUGAACAGAUGAAUGCGUUCAAAGAAGAAUGGGUGAUGAGAAUAAGAAAUCGCAAGAAUCAUAGGAAAGAUCCAUCUAAUCCUGUCAAAACCUCCGAGUCGACUGAUGAGUUUAUGGAUGACGAGAUGAUAGAGGCAACGCUAGUUGCUUCUGCGAAUGCAGUCAAAUCACCAAUUCGUCAAGAAAAGUCAACGGGGAAUGCCGACAACUCUGCACUAUUAAAAGUCACCUUUGGAAUUGCCAUGCUUGGGCUUUGCGUCUUGUUGGUUCGCCGUUGA